ACAAAUCCUUAGAAAUGGUUAAGGAAAUGGAUCAACUUAUUACAAAUCUAAAAGUUAGCAGACUCGAUCUUUGCGCAUUAAAGUUCACUAAAUUCUUCAUUUUCAUAGAAGUUGAGAAAUCAAUAGUGUUUUUUAAUCAUCAGCAAACAAACGAUUACGUAUAUAUAUUUAAUCUGGCCAAUCGCUCAUCGUUUAAUUAGGGUUUUCCCGCUUUAAACUCUGCUAGAUUUCCCGGCAGAAUCUGAACACAAGAAGACUUUAGCAAACCAGCAGGAUGAUCGGCUCCAUGAAAAAAUUUGAAGAAAUCGGAGUCGACUAUUUGAGUUUCAUUACUUGAAAUUGAAUGAAAGAGAUUAAGAACAGCGAAACCAGAUCGAUCCAUUUUGAUCAAUGAAGAACUGCAGCAGAGGCUACCAAGAAACGCCUUCAAGAAUGGAUGUUUUCCUAUCGGGCAGGUUUCUGAAGAAUUGUACAGAACUACAGCAAAAUGGAGAAGAAUAUUAUGGAGACUGUAGCCCUAAUUUUGAUGCAACUUCGAAUCGAGUCGGAACAAAAUUCGUCUUCAACGUCGUUGUCUUCACUUUGGAAGGCAUUGUCCCAUAUUCAAACGCACGAGGUGGAAUUUUACUGGCUAGUGGUAGGUGGGAGGGGUGGUGGCUGUCCACUUGACUCUACUUUUGGUCUAUUUUUUCUUCGACUGCUGCUGCCGUUUUGAUUGUUCAUUUUGCCCACUUCCAUCCAGAAUUUCCACUUCGGAAUGGCGCUGGAAGUUGUUAACCCAGAUGAACAGGUUGUUCUGGGAGAAGUUGGAAAUGUUAGGUUGAUCACAUUUAACCGGCCAAAACAAUUGAAUGUUAUCUCAUCCAAAGUGGUUUCUCUGUUGGCUGGAUGCUUAGAAAAAUGGGAAAAAGACGAUGAAGCGAAACUUAUACUCAUUAAGGGAGCUGGUCGAGCCUUUUCUGCUGGUGGAGACCUGAGGAUGUUCUAUGAAGGCAGGAAUUCAAAGGAUUCAUGCCUUGAAGUUGUCUACCGAAUGUAUUGGCUUUGCUAUCAUGUUCACACCUAUAAGAAAAUCCACGUUGCACUUGUACAUGGAAUUGCAAUGGGAGGAGGUGCAUCAUUUAUGGUGCCAAUGAAAUUUUCAGUUGUCACGGAGAAAACUGUUUUUGCCACUCCAGAAGCAAGUAUUGGAUUUCACACUGAUUGUGGUUUCUCUUAUAUGUUUUCUCGUCUUCCUGGAUAUUUAGGAGAAUACUUGGCCUUAACUGGGUCCAGGUUGAACGGCAAGGAACUGGUUGCGGUUGGAUUUGCAACACAUUUUGUCCCUACUGAGAAAUUAGGUGAACUUGAGAAGCGUUUGAUUAGUUUGAACUCCCAUGAUGAAAAUUCGGUUAGAUCUGCAAUUGAAGAAUUUUCUUUAGAAGUUCAACUGGAUGAAAAUAGUGUCUUGAAGAGGCAAUUUGUAAUCAAUAAGUGCUUUUCGAAAGAAACUGUUGAAGAGAUAAUAAAGUCCUUUGAAGCUGAGGCAAGUGUAGAAGGAAACAGUUGGAUAGUUCCCGUUCUGAAGGGACUAAAGCGAUCAUCCCCUACUGGACUGAAAAUAACUCUAAAAUCGAUACGCAAAGGUCGAUCACUAACACUACAAGAAUGUUUGAAGAAGGAAUUCAGGCUAACAAUGAACAUUCUACUCACCCUUAUCUCUGGAGAUGUUUAUGAGGGUAUUAGAGCUCUCACCAUUGACAAAGACAAUGCUCCUAAGUGGAAUCCACCAUCUCUCGAGAAGGUCGAGGACGAGAAGGUAAAUGAAGUAUUUCAGCCUUAUGGGAAAGAUUUGGAACUCCAAGUACCCAUAAACGACGAACAAAGGUGGAGUGGUAAAUAUGAAGAUUCAAUUUAUGCAACUGUGAAAAUGGAGUGAGUAAUGCAAUACAAGUUUCUUUCAUCAAUUUAUGCAGCAGCUGUUAUGGUUGGAAUGGUUUUCUUUAAUCAACUGCCUAAUUUGAGUGAUUCAAUCAAGUUACUGACUGAUUAUGUCUAUCAUAAGUAUUUCCUUUUAAUCUAAAACACUUUUUGCAUGCAAGGCAGUGAUUUAAGAAUUUUAUUGUAUUGAUGUUA